AUGGCGCCGAAAGCGAAGAAGGAAGCUCCUGCCCCUCCCAAAGCUGAAGCCAAAGCAAAGGCCUUGAAAGCUAAGAAGGCGGUGCUGAAAGGCGUCCACAGCCACAAAAAAAAGAAGAUCCGCACGUCACCCACCUUCCGACGGCCGAAGACCCUGCAGCUCCGGAGGCAGCCUAAAUACCCUCGGAAGAGUGCCCCCAGGAGAAACAAGCUUGACCACUAUGCCAUCAUCAAAUUGCCACUGACCACUGAGUCAGCCAUGAAGAAGAUAGAAGACAACAAUACACUUGUGUUCAUUGUGGAUGUCAAGGCCAACAAGCAUCAGAUCAAACAGGCUGUGAAGAAACUCUAUGACAUUGAUGUGGCCAAAGUCAACACCCUGAUCAGGCCUGAUGGAGAGAAGAAGGCAUAUGUUCGCCUGGCUCCUGAUUAUGAUGCUUUGGAUGUUGCCAACAAAAUUGGGAUCAUCUAAA